UUGCAGAUAUGCAGGUCGGUUGGGCGGGGGAGGUCGCCCUACGACCUUUCGGGUGCGAUCGCCGCGAUUUGAGUUCGUGCCUUGAUGAAGCUUGGUAUAUAGCUAUAUGGCUUGUCAUGUUUCGAGGGUGCUGAUCAGUAACUUGUACGGCUUCCUGAGACGAAACUGCAGGAGCCAUUGGUCUACUGUUUCGCUGGAAAAUGCAUCUCUUUAAGCUCUUCGUUGGCCUGUUCGCCUUGCUGUGGACUGCACAUGCCACGGAUAAUGGACUGCAGAAAAUCAUCGAAUGGGACGGAUACAGUCUCAUGAUCAAUGGGAAGAGGGAGUUUAUCUAGUAAGUAUGCUGCAAUUAAUUGUUUCAGACAAGGGUUGCUGACAUGACGUUUUAGUUAGGCUGAGUUCCACUACCAGCGCAUGCCUGUGCCUGAGAUAUGGCUUGAUAUCCUCCAGAAGCUGCGUGCUAAUGGUUUCAAUACCAGCUACCAUUCCGCCGCCAGAGAUGUUUACGACUUUGAGACGUCCGGCAAGAACGUCCAGAGAUCGCUUGACUACUGCAAAGAGGCCGGACUCUAUGUCAUUGCAAGAUCCGACCCCAAUGCUGAAACCAAUGGCGGCGGAUUCGCCUUGUGGGGAUCUGACGGGAGCAUGGGGAGCUUGCGCACAUCAGACGAGACCUAUCACCAGGCCUGGUUCCAGACGCAUGUGGCCACUGCUUCGGCCGUGGUUUACAUGGAGCAGCUCAAGGCAGCUUUCCUUGACGCAGGAGUCACCGUGCCGUCUUCGCACAACGAGAAAGGACAGCGCUCGAUGUCGUGGUCUACGGAUUUCCAGGAUGUUGGUGGAUCUGUUAAUGUCUACGGUCUCGAUUCUUACCCUGGUGGGACAUCGUGCACCAAUAUAAACUCUGGCUACAACGUCCCAAGCUACGUCCAUGAGUUCGAGGGUGGUUGGUUCAGCCCCUGGGGAGGCACUUUCUACGAUGAAUGUCUUGCAGAGCACAGCCCUGAGUUUGCGGAUAUUUACUACAAGAAUAAUGUUGGGCAGAGGAUUACCAAGCAGAAUCUGUACAUGACUUGGGGAGGAACUAACUGGGGACACUCUGCGGCUCCGGUCGUGUAUACGUCUUAG